AUGUCCUCCAAUAUCAAAUCGAAUGGUGUCGCCAUCAUUGGUGCCGGAUUGGGCGGUACCGCUCUCGCCCUAGCUUUGCAUCGCCAAUCGAUUCCAUGUCGUAUCUUCGAGACCAGGAGCGCAAAUUCGGCCAUCCUUUCAAGUGGCGUAACGCUCACACCUAACGGGUGCCGAGUCCUUGAUGAGCUAGGGAUCUUGAGUCGCUUGCAAGAGAAGAGCUAUAUCUUCGAACAUACCGUCACUAAAGACGCAGGUGACAAGACCGUGAGGAAGACGAGGAUCGCUUCGGAUGGCCCGGGUGCUUACCCUUGCUACCGUUUGUAUCGGCUCACCCUCCUCCAAGAAGUGAAGAUGGCCCUGGCUGAGAGGAACAUACCGAUCUUUUAUGAUAUGAAGUUCGAGAAGAUAAUCAGCGAUACGCGUGAGGGGGUUGUCUUCCAGGUUGGAGACAGGACAGAACGCGCCGCAAUGGUGAUCGGAUCUGACGGUAUCCAUUCAACUUUGAGACGACACAUCACGGAUCUUACUCCAGUUUAUACUAAUCUGUUAUGUUUAUAUGGGCAUAUUCCAACGAAGUCAGUGGAAUGGCCCGAUCAGGACUUUGCCGCUGGUUGUACAAUCCUAGGGAAGCCUGGUAGUCUUUUCAUGGUUCCUGAAGUGGAAGAUGGAUCAGAUCUCAUGAUCGGAACGCAAUUUGCGUAUCCAGAAGCUGAUCGAAAAGGCUGGGAGGCUCUCGCCUCCGACCCAGCAUCUCUGUCCGCUUUAUUGCGGAAGGAUUAUGACCAAUGGCAUGAUACAGCGAGACAUGCUAUUGAUGAAUUAUGCAAACGCCCGGAGAGCAUACAAUGCUGGCCAUUCUACGCCAUGCCUAAGCUACACAGCUGGUCGUCAUCUUCUGGAAAUGUUAUCAUGAUAGGCGACGCUGCUCACGCCAUGCCGGCCUCGUCGGGCCAGGGAGUGAACCAGGCCUUGGAAGAUGCUUUCUCACUGGCCAAGGUCUUAUCUUACGAAUGGAAUGAAGAGGUUUGGCCUUCGGUGCUGAGUACUUGGCAGUCGUGGCGGCAGGAUAAGAUCGACAGGAUACAUGAGAUGAUGCGGGCGAUUAAUAUGAUGAGGUCGUCCGAGCUGGAAAGAUCGAAAUUGCUGGGCACGGAGAGCAAGGAAAAGUCUACGAAGGAUAAUAUGCAGUGGCUAUUUGAUUUGGAUCUUGACACGCUAGAAGCCAAGCUAGCUGACCAUAGUAAGCUGUAG